AUGGCCAGCCCCGCGCCCACAAAGUCUCGACCUCUCUCGACAGCAGAAGGCUUCGUUUGCGGGGGCAUCGCAGCAUGUAUUGCUGUCACCAUCUCGAAUCCGGCCGAAGUCGCGAAAACGCGUCUGCAACUUCAGGGCGAGCUAGCGAAGGAGGGCACUAAGAAGGUUUAUAACAACGCACUUGAUGUCUUCUCCAAAACAUGGAAGAACGAGGGUAUACGCGGUCUUCAGAGAGGGUUGCCUCCAGCUUAUGCGUACCAAAUACUCCUCAACGGAUCCAGGCUAGGUUUCUACGAACCCUUCCGGAGAACCUUCAACAACUGGAUUGGACGACCCGUCGAUGAGCAAAUACCCUUCACAUCCGUCCUCGCAGGAGCAACCAGUGGAGCUGUUGGAGCUUCCCUCGGCAACCCCCUCUUCCUCAUCAAAGCCCGUAUGCAGGCAUACUCCCCAGCCCUCCCCGUCGGCGCACAACACUACUACAAAAGCUCCUUCCACGCGCUAUCCACGAUCUUCAAAGCCGAGGGCCUACGAGGGCUGGUCCGCGGCAUCGAUGCGGCCAUCCUACGCACGUCCAUGGGGUCUUCGGUACAAUUGCCGAGUUAUAAUUUCACGAAGAACCAGCUCGUGAAGCACGACAUCCUACCUGCGAAUAGCACCUGGACGUUCCUCGUCAGCAGUAGCGUGUCGGGCGCGUGUGUCUGUCUCGCGAUGCAACCCGCCGACACCGCCCUAACGCGGAUGUACAACCAGCCGACGAUAGUCGGUCCGGACGGCAAAGUGCGCGGGACGCUCUACAAGAACCCGAUAGACUGCUUGUGGAAGACAUUCAAGGCGGAGGGGGUGAAGGGGUGGUAUAAGGGCUCAACGGCGCACUUUCUGCGCAUCGCGCCGCAUACAAUCGUCACGCUGACCGCGAACGACAUUAUCAUCAACCUGUACAAGGCUGCGCGGGAUCGGGACCUAAAAGAUGAUUCAUGA